AUGUUGACUGACUGUCUUCUGAUCUGCAUCGUUGUGGGUACGGUGUUAUCUGGUCCGGUCUAUGUAGAGGAACUGGAAGAUCUUGUCCCAGAAGGACCUGAUCGUUUCGAGUUGAAAAUGCUGGAUAGCGAUAAGCUCAUGACUAGGUCUCAGAAGCAGCAACGCCUCUACCAGAUUCUUGCUCGACAGCCAACUUACAUUCAGCAAGCAUAUACUGCGAAAGUGCAGUAUAAGCAAGCUCGUCGCGCAGCAAAAGCUCAAUACAAGCAGCAGAUAGCAAAUCAGCGAGGACUUGGCAGUUUUCAGAGUCAAAUGAAUGCCAUAAAAAAUGACAUGGGAAUAUCAUCGGCGGAGGCUGAUCGAAGAAAGUAUGAGUUGAGACGUCAAUACUACACCUCAUAUCCAGCGGCUGCACCAUACAUUAUAGAUGAUUGA